ACUACAAAAUGAAAAGAUGAGUGGUUCGGCCUUUCCUCCUGCGGGCUCUGAAGGAAGGGGCCGAUAGAGCAGCCUGGAGGAAUCCAUCCGUUUUACAGUCGUGCUCCAGCAGCUGACAGGAGGAACCAGAGGAAGGCAGAGGGCCGUGGGGUGGUGGCACCAGAGGUGGGAGCACGGAGAGCUCUGCCAGACCCCGCGGGGGUGCCUGGAAAAGGCGCUUCCUCCUGCUGCCUCGGCUCCUCACCGCUGAGACGCGGCUGCUAACGCUGCUGCGCUCCUCGCGUGGGGCGGAAGCACUGAUCGGCGCCUCCGGGGUGCUCGGUUGCUAUGGGGAUGGGGAUCCUGAGAAGUGCAGAGGCUGGGGAGCCUCGGAGAAGAUUCGAAGUUGCUGGAGCUCCUCCGUGCCGUGCCGCGUCAUGCCGUGCUGUGCCAUGCCGCGCUGUGUUUGUAGCGCACUGUGCCGUGCCGCGCUGUGCCAUACUGCUCUGUGCUGUGCUGUGCCGUGCCGUGCUGUGCCAUGCUGCACCAUGCCGUUCUGUGCUGUGCCGUGCCGUGCUGUGCCAUACUGCUCUGUGCCGUGCUGCACCAUACUGCACUGUGCUGCACCGUGCCGUGCUGCGCUGCACCGUGCCGUGCCACACUGCACUGCGCCAUGCCACACUGCACCACACUGCGCUGUACUGUGCAGUGCCAUGUUGCACCAUGCUGCACCGUGCCGUGCUGUGCCAUGCUGCACCGUGCUGCACCAUGCCAUGCUGUACUGUGCUUUGCUGUGCCGUAUCGUACUGCGCUCUCCCACCUGGCCGAGCCUCCAGGGGGCCGGCAUCAAUCCCGUGGUGGCUGCAGCACGCAGCCCCCGCCCGGUCCCAGUUGCUGCUGGCCCACGAAGAGCAGCGCACAUCUCCAGAGCACCUCUUAUUCCCGGGUGAAAACUAGAUUUUCUUUCCAGCGUUUCCUUUCUUAUGGCACUGAGAGCUCUGUGGAAUACGGCGCGUUCAAGAGCUGUGCUGCCAUCCCCUUUAAAAACGGACGAGUGACAGCCAAGAUGAGUUCCACUGAGACCUCCUGCUACAAACUGACAGGUCUGGGGAGACCCAGCUCCUCUCCCUGCCUUCCUGCUCUUGCCGAAGGGCCUCCGCUAAUGAAGGGACAUUCCUCUGCAAGGCUCUGGCUGUUACCUCUGCGCAGGCAGCUCUGCAGCUCAGCGGAGGAGAGCCCAGCAGACACGGACCCGCAGAUCAGGGACGGAUGCGUGGGGCCUCAGGAGCACCUCAGGGCCCUGAGCGCACAGCUCCUUGGGGAGCUCGAUGUCUGGUGCCCCUCAGCACAGCAGGCAGGGUCCAGGAACAAAAACACAGAGUAUCAAUGGUGAUCUUAUUCUACCAAAACCAGAUCUGCAGUACUGGAAGCAGUCAUGAAGCACUAAAACCAGUUUUUGCUGCCCACCCAAUGCUCGGCAGUGGGAAGCGAGGGGGAGGAGGAAAUAUCAGGAGAUUGCCAGUGAGGUCCCUCGCUGUUCAGUCUUGUCUUCGAUCUUCACGUUUUCAUUUAGGACCUCGGCACAGGCCUGCGGAGCGCUGGUAGCUUUUCUGAUCGUGCCAAGUUUUCUGGAACUGCUGCAGUCAGUACAGAUGGGGAUCGGGGGAUCAGGGAGAUAAAAGUGAUGGGGUGAAGUGGGAUGAAAUUCAGUGCCACAAUGUUUAAGAAUAUGCACUUGGAAACUAAAACCAACAUUUUCUUCUACAAUCUGGAAAACAUCUCAGUUGUGCGGGUGAAUCAUAGGAAGGCUAUGAGCAGGGGCUGGGUGCUGGGAUGCUGGAGAUAAAUGAAAUCCUAGAAUGCAACAAGAGUCUGCAUUUCCCGUCCAGAUGGGGAAUGUCUGGUCUGGAGCACAAGGCACUGGGAGGCUCACCUGGAGCACCCUGUGCCUCUGUUCAGGACGAGAUCCGACCCAGGGGGGACAGGCAGGGAAGGUGGUGAGGAAAGGAAGGUGGUGAUGAAGCUGGUGAGGAAAAUCCUACAAGAGCUUAUUUUACAGAAGGAGACCAAAGGGCUGCCUGCUCAGUCUCGGAGAGAGGUCUGAGAGCAGGCAGUAAAUAGCAGGAGAAUGAUAAAGAAUGAAGAAAAGGGUGAAGGUGGCAGUAUAUCACAUGGGUACAAAAUGUUGUGCAUGGGGCAAAGCUGCUUUGAAAUCUGGAGGGAAAGAGCAUAUCUGCCAUGUCCCUCCGGGAGACCUUGCAGAUGCCAGUAAGCUUCUUCACGGAUUAGGUCGAUGGAAAGUAGAUGCCUCCAACCGAAGCCCAGGCUUAGGGCACUGCCUGAGCCAGAGGCAGGAGACACUCCGGAAUUUGGCCUGUGCAGGAGGGACGUCUCUGGGGCUGGGCAAGGGGAAACGGACGAGCAGCUGCAGACCCCCUGCAGGGGCCAGGGAACCAGCAGAAGCGCCGAUCAGGCGACCCGGGGACGGUGCUGGGCCGGGGCUUUGCUGAGCGAGGAGCGCGCGCCGGGCUGGCACGCGCUGCCUGGUGCCUCCUGGGCUCGCAGGCGCCGGGCUUCGCACGCCCUUCGUGCAGAGCCAGCCUGCGCCAGCACCGUGAGCAGCUCUGCCCGGCAGGCUGCGCGCUCUGGCUGACCCCGCGGAUCCUGGAGAGCACCAGGAUAAGGGUGAAAACCCCCUGGGGUGGGCACGCUGCUGCGGGUUUCACUCAAGAGCUGUCACUGACAUAAGGCUCGUCUCCCGAAAAUCUGCCCUCAGGUAACGGGGCAGACUUCGGAGCAAGGCUGACCUCUUUAUUCGCCCGCAGGCACCCACGGGCAUGUGCUGGGAUCAGCCCCCAGCCCCCAGCUCCCCAGCCUGCCAGCUCGUGCAUUUUUGCGUGUUUUUCUCGCUACGUUGGCCCAUUGCCUUUAAAAGGCUAAAUGCUCCGGACUAAAUUUGGUCAUGCAGCUCUGCAUGGUUCCCUGGAAUGUCCUCGGGUUUCAGGCUGCUCUGAUAGCACCAUUCCCCGCCUCCCGCUGGGCUCCAUUGGCUUCCCCGCACCCGAAUCGCCGCUGGGCGCUGUUAUUGGCCAACUCUUGGGCCGAGGGGUGUCCCCUCUUCAUCACUACCGAGCCCCCGGGGCUGCAGCGGUUGAGAGCUGCUGCGAUUUAACGCUUCAGCACCUGCUGCCGCUGCGGGAAGCGGUGUUAGAGCUUCGGCUCUGGUUUUUUUCUCUUGCUUUGGGUACCACAACAACCGCAACCGUGUCUCGCCAACGGGCCAAGAUGUCCAAAGUUGCCAAAUAUCGGCGACAAGUUAGUGAAGAUCCGGACAUAGACAGCUUGCUGUCGACUCUGUCUCCAGAGGAGAUGGAGGAGCUGGAGAAGGAGCUGGAUGUGGUGGAUUCGGAUGGAAGCAUCCCUCUGGAGCAGAGUCAGAAAAACCAAACGGAGAAUUCGCCAACCAGCCCGCAGAACUGCGACGCGGUGCUCAACCACUGUGAGAAGGAGACCAAGAAACGCAUCCAGAGGGAGCACUCGGUAGACGAAACCAGACUGGCCGAGAAGAAGCAGGAAGCCAAGAAUGGAGAAGAAAAGGGAAAGGAAGCUCCUGCCAAAGACCUGGCCCGGAAACGAGAUACAGGAGUGGGGAAAGACUCGAAAAAGGAAGAAAGUGCUCAGAAGACAGACCCAAAGGUUAAAGCUGAGGCUGAGAGCAAAACCAAGGAUGGGAAAGCCAUCAAUGACAAGGUCAAGGCCAUGGAGAAAAAGCUGAUGGGGAAGGACAAGAAGGAGGAAGAGAAGGAUUCAGCGGUAAAGAAGGAGAAGGGGAAGGACAAAAAAGAAGAGGAGAAGGGCUCAGUGUUAAAGAAGGACACAGGGAAGGAUAAAAAGGAGGAGGAGAAGGGCUCAGUAUUAAAGAAGUUUGCAGGGAAGGAUAAAAAGGAGGAAGAGAAGAGCUCGGCAGCAAAGAAGGAGACAGGGAAGGACAAGAAGGAAGAAGAAAAGGGUUCAGCACUGAAGAAGGGCACGGAGAAGGACAAAAAGGAGGAAGAGAAGAGUUCAGGAUCAAAGAAAGAGGCAGAAAAAGACAAAAAAGAAGAAGAGAAGAAAGGAAAAGACAAAAGAAGAGAAGAAAGAAAAAGAUAAAAAGAAGAGGAAAAGAGUUCAGAUCUGAAAAAAUCAAAGGCAGAUGAGAAGGAGAAACCUAAGCCAGAGGCAGAAAAGGCAGCGGAGGAGAAACAGGAGGCCAAGGCGACGGCGGCGGCCGAGAGCAGCACCUCCAAGCCCGCCACCGGCAGCUCCCCGGACCAGGCCAAGGAAGACGAAGCUUCCAGCAUCUUCGAUGAGCUCAUCGAGAAGGUGAAGAACAACGACGCCGAGGUGACCGAAGUCAACGUGAACAACUCGGACUGCAUCAACAACGAGACCCUGGUGCGCUUCACCGAGGCCCUGGAGUUCAACACGGUGGUCAAGCUGUUCGCGCUGGCCAACACCCGCGCCGACGACCACGUGGCCUUCGCCAUCGCCAUCAUGCUCAAGUCCAACAAGGUGCUGACGAGCAUCAACCUGGACUCCAACCACAUCACGGGCAAGGGCAUCCUGGCCAUUUUCCGGGCGCUGCUGCAGAACAACACGCUGACGGAGCUGCGCUUCCACAACCAGCGGCACAUCUGCGGGGGGAAGACGGAGAUGGAGAUCGCCAAGCUCCUGAAGGAGAACACCACGCUGCUCAAGCUGGGCUACCACUUCGAGCUGGCCGGGCCUCGCAUGACGGUCACCAACCUGCUGAGCCGAAACAUGGACAAACAGAGGCAGAAACGCCUCCAGGAGCAGAAACUGGCACAGGAGCGCGGGGAGAAGAAGGACCUGCUGGAGGUGCCCAAGGUCGGAGCCCCGAAGGGGUCCCCCAAGGGGUCCCCGCAGCCAUCCCCCAAGGCUUCCCCCAAAAACUCUCCCAAGAAAGGGGGAGCGCCCGCCGCGCCGCCCCCGCCUCCUCCUCCGCUCGCCCCGCCGCUGAUCAACGAGAACCUGAGGAACUCGCUCUCGCCGGCCACGCAGAGGAAAAUGGGAGACCGGGCGCUGCCGGUCCAGGAGAAGAACUCGCGGGACCAGCUCCUGGCGGCCAUCCGCUCCAGCAACCUCAAACAGCUCAAGAAGGUGGAUUUACCAAAGCUGCUGCAGUAGGGAGCGGGACGGCUUUGCCCCCGCAGCCUGGCGUGGCAGACCCCGGGACUCUCGCCUUCCUCGUGACUCUUGCCAUGACGAGCCCUCUGGGACCCUGCAGUGACCGACACCGAGGAGCAGCGAUCUCUCUGGGACUGACGGAGGAAGGGCCGGGCCCGAGGAGGGCCAGCACGGCCGUUCGAUGCAGUGUGUGAGGAAGACCUUGUAUUUAUUAUUGUUACGGUUGCGAAGCCCUCAAGCUCUCUCUUCUGCCAGCACCGUGCCCCGCUCUGUCCGGCCGCUCGGGGAUGUCAAGGACGGAGGAGGGGGUGGUGGCUGUCCCCACGUCCCUGCUGCAUCCAACCCCACCGCGGGGAAAGGGGGCUCGUGGUGGAAGGGAGGCAGUGCCACGGGCCGGGGAGUGCAGCGGGGCCGGGGGUCCCCUGGGAGCGCACCGAGGGGCUGAUGCCCUCCAGCCCGGUCCAACCUGGGCCGAGCAGAUGGACCGCCCCAGCCAGGGGACAUCUGGGCCAUCGUCACCGCUUGUGUCCCCACAGGGUCUCCGAGUGGCCGGGAGGGUGACGGGGACAUCGGUGGUACACGGGGUAGGAGGUGGUGGAGAGCUGCAGCAGGAGGUGGAGCUGGGGUGGGGGCGUGCGCCCAGGGCUGUCCCCAGGGCUGUCCCCAGGGUCCCAGGGCUGUCCUGCCCCUGCAGAAUGCGGGACCUGACCUCUGCACCCAGACAUUUGUCCCUGUGCGGUGACCAAGUGCUCCGUGGGAAGAGCAGGGCUCGUAGGGGGGUCUGCUCCUGGGGUGGGGGGCAGCAGGAGGGGGUGGCAGUGGCCCCCCGCGCUGCCAGCGUCACCUGCAGCCCUGCCAGCUCCUCUGCCCGUGGGCAUGGGGCCAGGCAGGGGACGCUGUCUGCCCAUGAAGCCCUGGCUGCGGGGGGGCAGCGGGUUUUGGGGCGCUGUGCCCACCCCUGGUGUGAAGCAUUGCUCACGAUUUGUACAACUGCGGCCACUGCAUCAGCAAUAAAGCUCACCCAACGCUUC